AGGCUAAUGGAUUUGGAUAUUACAAAAUCGUAGAACCAUAUGGAAGACUGUUAAAUAUAUUUCCCAACGACAUUUGUACGUUCAUAAACGCAAGACAGAUUGAUUUAAUAAUCAAGCAAGACAAACAAUAUACACAAUAUAAAGCAACUGUUAAUCACUUCUGUAUAGGUACUUCAUGUACCCAACGCAUUUAGCCAAGAAUAAAGGAAAUUAUGUACAACGCCGACUGUAUUCCUAUCAAAGACAUUAAGCCGGGACUUAAAAACAUCAAUGUCAUAUUUAUUGUGCUAGAAGUGGGCGUAGCCACCUUAACCAAGGAGAAUCGAGAGGUACGCAAUUUUAAGGUGGGUGAUCCCACUGCCAGCAUAAAUGUCUCAAUUUGGGAUGAGCCUGGCAAGCUAAUCGCACCCGGAGACAUUGUGAGGUUGACAAAGGGAUAUGCCUCCAUCUGGCGUCACUGCCUAACAUUAUACUCAGGGAAAAAUGGCGAGGUCUUCAAAAUUGGAGAGUUCUGCAUGAUCUUCAACGAGCAGUUGAACAUGAGCGAGAAGCGUGUUGAACAGCCAACGCCUCCACCAGCUGUUAUGGCACAGCCGGUAGUCCCAGCCGGUGUCGUAGUUCCUGCUCCUGUACAGCCCGUGCCGGUGACAACAGCACCGGUAGUAGCGCCUAUCACACCACAGACUACCAAGCAAGGCACUCGAGGAGGACGGGCUGGAGCCGGACGUGGAGGAGCACUUAAGGCAGAGCGACGUUAAAGGAUGUACGCAUUUCCAAAUAGUGUAUUAUUUAGAAAGCAGAUGAGCUACACACCUAUUAAGUUAUGUGACACAAUUUGUAGCAAUUCGAAUUAAGUGGUAUUUGUCAAACAUUCACGUCUCAAUUAUUUAGCAAAAUAAAUGCAUAUUGCUGUUUUGUAUUAAAACUAA